AUGGUGAAACUUGCAUUUGGAAGCUUGGGCGACUCUUUCAGCGCCGCGUCCCUCAAGGCCUAUGUGGCCGAGUUCAUUGCCACGCUCCUCUUCGUGUUCGCCGGCGUCGGGUCCGCCAUUGCCUACUCGCAAUUGACAAAGGGUGGCGCUCUGGACCCCGCCGGCCUUGUGGCCAUCGCCAUCGCCCAUGCGUUCGCGCUCUUCGUGGGUGUCUCCAUGGCCGCCAACGUCUCCGGCGGCCACCUGAACCCCGCCGUCACCUUUGGCCUCGCCGUCGGCGGCCACAUCACCAUCCUCACCGGCAUCUUCUACUGGGUCGCCCAGCUGCUCGGCGCCUCCGUGGCGUGCCUUCUCCUGCAGUACGUCACCCACGGACAGGCUAUCCCGACACACGGCGUGUCCGGGAUCAACGAGAUCGAGGGCGUGGUGAUGGAGAUCGUGAUCACCUUCGCGCUCGUGUACACCGUGUACGCCACCGCGGCCGACCCCAAGAAGGGGUCCCUCGGCACCAUCGCGCCCAUCGCCAUCGGCUUCAUCGUCGGCGCCAACAUCCUGGCCGCGGGACCCUUCAGCGGCGGCUCCAUGAACCCGGCCCGCUCCUUCGGCCCCGCCGUGGCCGCUGGCAACUUCGCCGGCAACUGGGUCUACUGGGUCGGCCCCCUCAUCGGCGGCGGCCUGGCGGGGCUCGUCUACGGCGACGUGUUCAUCGCCUCCUACCAGCCAGUCGGCCAGCAGGACGAAGAGCGAAGAAGUUGUGCCAUGGCGUCGACGUCGAACAACCUCCUUGUCCACUUGAAGCACUGCUUCUCGCCGCCGUCGCUCCGUUCCUACCUCGCCGAGUUCAUCUCCACCUUCCUCUUCGUGUUCACCGCCGUCGGCUCUGCCAUCUCCGCCCGAAUGCUGACGACGCCGGACGUUACCACCAGCGCCUCGCCGCUGGUGGCCACCGCCGUCGCGCAGGCGUUCGGCCUCUUCGCCGCGGUACUCAUCGCCGCCGACGUCUCCGGCGGCCACGUCAACCCCGCCGUCACGUUCGCCUACGCCAUCGGCGGCCACAUCGGCGUCCCGAGCGCCAUCUUCUACUGGGCGUCGCAACUGCUCGGCGCCACCAUGGCCUGCCUCUCCCUCAACCUCUUCUCCGCCGGCGAGGAGGUGCCGACGACGAGGAUUGCGGUGGCGAUGACCGGGUUCGGCGGCGCGGUCAUGGAGGGCGUGCUCACGUUCCUGCUGGUGUACACGGUGCACGUGGUCGGCGACCCUCGCUCCAGCUGCGGCGGCAAGCGGGGGUUCGCGGCCACGGCGCUGGGCGCGCUGGCGGUGGGGCUCACGGAGGGCGCGUGCGUGCUGGCCGCGGGCUCGAUGUCGGGCGCGUCCAUGAACCCGGCCCGCUCCUUCGGGGCGGCCGUCGUCAGCGGGCGCUUCAAGAACCAGGCCGUGUACUGGGCCGGCCCGAUGAUCGGCGCGGCCGUCGCGGCGCUGGUGUACCAGAUCAUGGCGUGCCCGGGCGUGGCCGAGUCGCGGCACGGGAACGUGGAGGCGGUCGUCGUCUGA